UCUGCAGCAGACACCUCCUCUGUAUACCCUGCAGAGCUUAGAGUCUUGCCUACUGCUCCCUUAGCUCUUAUUGCACUGGAUGAUGAGCCCUGUCUGCACUGGUCCCAAGAUGCUGUCUGUUGCUACAUGAUCCCUGUCUGUGUUUUCCCCUGAAUGGCUGUCAACUGGUCUUGGAGCUCAGUCUAAGCUGGUCCCAGAACACUGCUUGCUGGUCCCAGAGCACUGAUUUAUCACAGGUAAAUCGGAGAUGUGGAGGUGUCUACGGCUUGCUGGAAGAAAGGGGAGGCUGCAGCCCUGACAGUGACAGAUGGCUACCAAACCCAUGGAUUUAUUGGCUGAGCUACAGCUCCUGGAGAAGGCUUCCACACUUGAGCGACUUCGUGCAGCCAAAAAGCGUAGGGAGCAGCAGCUUAAAAGGUGGGCACAGAACGAGCGUGAUGAAGAAGGCAGGAGACGCAGGCAGCAAAAGGCCAGAAGAAAGACUCCUACUAGGAGCAAGAGAGUUUCAUUCCCUUCACGCGUCACUCUCCAUGAGGCUUGUCUGAGGAACGACCCAGAGGAAGUCCUUUCUCUUCUUCAGAGCAAUGUGGAUCCCAACCUGUGUAAUGAAGAUGGUCUGACCGCCCUUCACCAGUGCUGCAUCGAUAACUACGAGGAUCUCCUGAAGUUGUUGCUGUCACGUGGAGCUAAUGUUAAUGUCACAGACAAUGAACUGUGGACCCCUCUCCACGCAGCUGCCACAUGUGGUCACACCAACCUGGUGCGCAUUCUGAUUCAGCAUGGGGCAGAUCUGCUCGCUGUGAACGCCGAUGGUAACAUGGUCUAUGAUCUUUGUGAAGAUGAAGCCACCCUGGAUGUUAUUGAGAACUGCAUGACCUACAAAGGUUUCACACAGGAAAUGAUUAAUGAUGCUCGACAGGCCCCAGAACAUGAAAUGUUGGAUGAAGUCAGAGCUCUGAUAACAGCUGCAAAGGAUCUGAACAGGAUAGAUAGCCAAGGGGCCACUUUGCUCCAUAUAGCUGCAUCUCGGGGGUAUGCUGAAGUGGCAGAAACCCUGCUUGAAAAUGGGGCGCAGGUUGAUGUGAAAGAUUCAGACAGCUGGGAACCUCUACACGCUGCAGCUUUUUGGGGGCAGAUUUAUGUGGCAGAGAUCCUGGUGUCUCACGGUGCCAGUCUGAGCAGCAAAACUUCCCUGGAGGAAACACCACUAGAUCUCUGUGAAGAUGAGGAGCUCCGCUCUCUGCUCCUGGAACUGAAGCACAAACAUGACCUCAUUAUGAAAUCCCAGCAGAAGAACAAGUCCUCUUUGAGUCGGAGGAGCUCUAGCACUGGGAGUCAUGGGAAGGUUGUACGUCGUGCCAGUUUGUCUGAGCGAACAAACCUUUAUAGGCGGGAAUAUGAAAAGGAGGCUGUGGUGUGGCAGUGUCUGGUUUCUGCAGAAGAUCCUGAUGGUACCCAAGAGGAGGAGGAGAGCAGCCCAGAUUUACAGAGAAGAGAACCAAUGGACGUUCAGCCUUCUUUAGGUCUGCAGGACAACUUUUCAGAACCUCAGUAUCGGAAUGGUUACUGCUCCCCUAUUCCUUCCUUCUAUUGCCCUCCGACCAUCAGUGAUUCAAGCCUACCCACUCCAGUAAUCAAUGGUAACUCCAACCACUCCCUGCCAUCUUAUAACUCAGGACCUCUGUGGAACAGCGUCUUGGACCAAACGCCCAUCACCCUCUCUGAGCUAAAACGGCAGAGAUCAGCAGCCAAACAAGGGAGAUACUCACAGAGGAUUAACGGAGACUUACAAAGAGCAGGGUCCCUAGACUAUUCCAGCGAACCUGGGACCCCAACUUGGUGUUUUAAUGGAACACCUAUCUAUUAUACACCAAGCAGUGGGGACCCCCCCAUCCUGAGGCUAAAAUCUCCCAUGGAAGAGGAUGAAGAAGACGAGGGAAAAUUACUUCGAUGCUGUCGGAUGUCCUAAAACGUGAUCAGAAUAUAUACCAGCACUUUAAAGGGAAACUAGCCAAUAUUCAAAUCGCUCCCAUUUUCAAAGAGCUUUUUCUACCUUUCACAACUAUAUGGGUAAACAUUUUCAUGUGUUGAAACUAGCUACGGGAAGUGCACUUUAAAAUUAAAUAACCUCUAAAGAGCAUUUCCUGUAGGCUUUCGAAAAAGUAAGGUGGAAGCAAAAAAAUGAAAAUAAACGGCUUCCCCCAUUUAAACAAAAACAAAACCAUACUGUGUAAUUUUAAAUAUCCUAAAAUUUUUCAAAGUAUGAGAUUUAACAUUUUUACACGCUUACUUAUACUAGUUGUCCUUUUAUGCACUGCAAGAACAGUGAAUUGUGCAGUUUGUAUUUGUACAUUACCCAGAAUAAGGUGUACAUUUGAACAUACAGAACUAUGUGGUCCCCUGUAUACAGCACUAUUUGUAUAUUUAUAUACACUGACCUAUGUAUACUUAUAUAUAGACAGUUAUGUAUAUAGACCUCUGUGUGCAUUUGUGCAUAGGAUUUUAUCUAUUUAUAUAAAGAGCUUAAUAUACUUGUAAAUAUGCUAAUUUAUUUAUAGGUGUAUACACAAUGCAAUGCGUUUUUCUAAAUAAACAUUGCAAUGUAAAGUAUAUCUAUAGAACUACUGUAUGUAUUUCAGCAAAUGCACUCACUGUAUAUUUAUGUGCACAUAACUGUGAAUACCUGUGUUUAUGAUAUAAAUAUGAUAGAAAAUAGUCAGGCACUCCCGUAAAGUCCCGAAAUUACCAAAAUGAUGAGAGCAUAUAAAAUAAUAUUGCAUGAUCUGCCUAUUAUUAUUUGAAUUGCACAGUGUGCAGUGUCAUGCCAUGCAAUUAAAAAUGUAUUGCGUGGUGUGACUAACACUGUCCACUAGGGGCAAUACUCACUUCCGGGACAAAACUGGAACAUAGAUGCUCCCUCCUGCCCAAGAUUUGUAAGAACAGCAACAUAGCUACUGCUGUGAUACACACACUAGCCAUUGGCAAGUAAAAAUUCAGCCCUGACGAGUAGAAAUCCACUUCUAAUGAGUGUGCCAUGGACCCCUAGGUUUGCAGUGACCUGGCUAGCGGUGCAGGAGUUGCCAUUUUAAGCCCUAUAUAUGUAUAUGUGUAUAUAUAUAUAUAUGUACACACACACGCACGCACGCACAUAUACAUAGCAAAACAAACCCAAGGGUGGAAUGUUGUAUAAAAAUGGGUCAAUGUUCUCUAGAAGAAUUAGGUCCACCAGCAUAAGCUUUAAGUUGUCCAUAUGGAGGCACCUUUCACCCUAUCCUUGGGCCUUUUGACUGUGUGAUUGUUGUUUGCUUCUAAGCCAAGCAAUAGCUAUAGGGAAAUUUGUAUAUACACAGACUAAUGUGCAUCAGGGCAGUAUCUGGCUAGCGCUGUGUGAAAUGGAUAUGGUAUGUGAUAACUAUGCAUAGCAUCACUGUUUCUGUAAUAUGCGUUGCUACAUGUAUGCACCUGUAGACAAUAACCUUUUUGCAAACUUUUUGCAAACACAGUAAAAAUAAUGCCUUUUUGUAAUAAAAUUCAUUUGAAACUGU